UCCACCCGAGCCGGUCACACUGCUUCUCGCUCUUCCGCCCGCAGCUAAAUCCAAUCUCUGGAUUCGCGUUAAAUGUUAACAAAAUAAAGACCCCGAUCUAAUUAAUGAGCCAAGUAAUUGUGUACAGUGCGCGCAAUGCAGUUAGUGACCGGUUGGAAGUGAUAACCCAUUUCGGGGAAUAUAACCAAAAGCCCAAUUUAAAGAAUUGUGAACGGCGUCGCCUUUCGACGAGGGACGCUGCUGCAACCAGAAAAAGGAGUGGUAGCUGCCCGUCUCUCUUGUGGAUUAAAACAACUAAACCAGCCGGUGGCCUGGCCCCAAAGGAACGUCCAUAUCCAUCUAAAUAUACUUUAAGUCCGCUCCUGGCGAGCCCCCAAGUAAAAUCGGCUGAACCAGGCCAAAAAGAGAACCACAUGAGGUGAACGAUAGCAAUUGGCUGUGCGCCAAUUACACACCCACUCGGAUCAACUGAUACAGUAGCAACACACCACCCCCACAGGAGCAGGCAGAGCAGCAAUUUCAUGCCACGCUCAGCGAAAGCAGUCGACAGCAGCAACAACAGCAGCAAUAUGUAGGCGCUCCACAGCAGCAACACAUGAAAUACAAGCAAGAACAGCAGCAACAACAACCCCCAACAACUAUAAAUCCAUAACUCCCCAAAAAAAAAAAAGUACACAACAAUAACAACAUCAUCGUUAAGAUUUAUCGAAAUCAGGGAACGAGAAGAAACGCCACAACGAUCGCCUGGAUCUGGACACAAGAAUGCAGCACGUGAGCGCUGCCAGCUCGGUGCCAUCGGUAGUAGCCCCUGUAGUGACCACUGGUGGGACGACUAUCACCUUGGGCGGCCCACCGCCCCUCCCCAAAUCGGAGCACAAGGAGGAUGGCAAGCCGCCGCACGGCAUCGAAAUGUAUAAGGUGAACAUCGAGGACAUCUCGCAGCUCUUCACCUACCACGAGGUCUUUGGCAAGAUCCACGGCGAUGUGGUCAAUCAUCAGUUGGCGGCGGCCCACGGCGGCCAGCUGCCACCACCUCCGCCGCUGCCGCCGCAGGUCACCAGUCAUGCGGCAAGUGCGGCGGCAGCCGCAGCAGCGGCUUCAACAAACAAUGCGGCCGUGGCGGCGGUAAUGGCCUCGGCGAAUGCGGCAGCGGCCGCGGCGGCGGCCGCAUCAUCGGCGGGAGGACUGCCGCCGGCCACCAGUGGCAACGGGGGCCAACCGGUGACGGUGACGACGACGAGCAGCUCGACCAGCAGCGGCGGCGGGAGCACCACCAGUGGGGGCACCACGACCACGGCGGGUGAGUUGCUUAUGCCUAAAAUGGAGGGAGGCAUUCAUGGCGUGGACGGCAGCGGCAAUGGCAAUGGCGGGCAGAACGUGGCGCUAGCGCCGGACGGUACGCCGAUUGCGACGGGGACGCACGUCUGCGAUAUCUGCGGCAAGAUGUUCCAGUUCCGGUACCAGCUGAUCGUGCACCGGCGCUACCACAGCGAACGGAAGCCGUUCAUGUGCCAGGUGUGCGGCCAGGGGUUCACCACGUCGCAGGAUUUGACGCGCCACGGCAAGAUCCACAUUGGCGGGCCGAUGUUCACCUGCAUCGUGUGCUUCAAUGUGUUUGCGAACAACACGAGCCUGGAGCGGCACAUGAAACGGCACUCGACGGACAAACCGUUCGCCUGCACCAUUUGCCAAAAGACCUUUGCCCGCAAAGAGCAUCUGGACAAUCACUUUCGCUCGCACACGGGCGAAACGCCCUUCCGUUGCCAGUACUGCGCCAAGACGUUCACGCGCAAGGAGCACAUGGUCAACCAUGUGCGCAAACACACGGGUGAGACGCCACAUCGUUGCGAUAUUUGUAAGAAGUCCUUUACGCGCAAGGAACACUAUGUUAACCACUACAUGUGGCACACUGGUCAAACGCCGCACCAGUGCGAUGUCUGUGGCAAGAAAUACACGCGCAAGGAGCACCUAGCCAACCAUAUGCGCUCCCACACCAACGAGACGCCGUUCCGUUGUGAGAUCUGCGGCAAGAGCUUUAGUCGCAAGGAGCACUUCACCAACCACAUCCUCUGGCACACAGGCGAGACGCCGCACCGGUGCGACUUCUGCUCCAAGACGUUUACGCGCAAGGAACACUUGCUAAACCACGUGCGCCAGCACACGGGAGAGUCGCCGCACCGCUGCUCCUACUGCAUGAAGACGUUCACGCGCAAGGAGCACCUGGUCAACCACAUACGCCAGCACACGGGUGAGACACCGUUCAAGUGCACGUACUGCACGAAAGCGUUCACGCGCAAAGAUCACAUGGUUAAUCAUGUACGGCAACAUACAGGCGAGUCGCCGCACAAGUGCACGUACUGCACUAAGACGUUCACGCGCAAGGAGCACCUGACGAACCAUGUGCGCCAGCACACGGGCGACUCCCCGCACCGCUGCUCCUACUGCAAGAAGACGUUCACGCGCAAGGAGCACCUGACGAACCAUGUGCGCCUGCACACGGGCGACUCGCCGCACAAGUGCGAGUACUGCCAGAAGACGUUCACGCGGAAGGAGCACCUCAACAACCACAUGCGCCAGCACUCGAGCGACAAUCCGCACUGCUGCAACGUCUGCAAUAAGCCGUUCACGCGCAAGGAGCACCUGAUCAACCAUAUGUCGCGCUGCCACACCGGCGACCGGCCCUUCACCUGCGAGACGUGCGGCAAGUCCUUUCCGCUCAAGGGCAACCUGCUCUUCCACCAGCGCAGCCACACCAAGGGCCAGGAGAUGGAGCGGCCCUUCGCCUGCGAGAAGUGCCCCAAGAACUUCAUCUGCAAAGGUCACUUGGUCUCGCACAUGCGCUCCCAUUCGGGCGAGAAACCUCACGCGUGCACUCUGUGCAGCAAGGCGUUCGUCGAGCGCGGCAAUUUGAAGCGCCACAUGAAGAUGAAUCACCCGGAUGCUAUGAUGCCGCCACCACCCGUGCAUCCGCAUCCGCAAAUACCAGCUGGUGUGCUGACGCAAGUCAAGCAGGAAGUGAAACCGAUCAUAAUUCCCCACCACUCGGCGACCACCACGAUGCACACCAUCCAGCAGAUCACGGCGGGCGCGGCGGGUGGAGCCGGAGCAGUGCAGCUAACGCCGGGUCUGGUGCCCUUGGUCACCUCCACGCUCAUCUCGCAUAACGCGGCUGCGCAGCAGCAGUCGCAGAAGCAGCAGGCGGCUGCGCAGCAACAGGCCGCCGCAGCCGCUGCCGCCCAGCAACAGGCGGCCCAGCAGCAGGCAGCGGUGGCUGCCCAUCAGCAGCACCAGCAACAGGUGGCCGCCCAGCAUCAGCAGCAGGCGGCAGUGGCCGCCCACCAGCAGCAGCAGCAGUUGCAGCAGCAGCAACAGCAACUGCUGCAGCUGUCCAUCCAGCAGGCGGCGCAUCACCACCAGCAGGAGCAGCACCGCCAGCAGCAGCAGCAGCAACACCAGCAGCAGCAACAACAGCAGCAGCAUCACCAGCAGCAACAGCAGGGCCAUCCGCAGGCCCCGCCGCCGCAGCAGCAGCAACAACCGCCGCCCAUCGCCCUGAUCAGCGAUCCGAGUGCCCUGGCACGCGCCGCCAUCCAGCUGCAGCACUUGCCUGCGAACGUGGAGCAGCACCCGGUUGUUUACUAACAGUAGCCCCUCCUGCACGGCUACACUCCCACCACAGCGCACUCCAGCAGCACGACCAGCACCUCCAUAGCCGCCACGGCAGCCGCGGCGUCGACGCAGGCGGCGUGGUGAGGCCGGUGUGCCACCAGUGAGCCAGUGAGCUAGUAGUGAGCCGAGCUGACGCGACAUCUCUAUGUAGGACACAAACACCAUAACAAGCACACCCCAUAUAAGCAGCUAGUUGUAUGUACAAUAGUUUUAGCAGCGCGCUGGUUACGCUGAUCUGUGACCCCGAAGAAUAACGUAGUAUGCAGGGGUUCUGGGGUGUGUCGAUUUAAAAAAGAUUUGUUUUAGGCAUUUUCAAUAUUGAGUAGCUUUUGAAUAUCACUUUCAUAGUUCCUGGCUGCCGUAAAAAUUCCCUUAAAUUCAAAAAACAGAAGAUUAAGUGAUUGUAUUAGAAUUUAUCCAAUAUACACUUAAUGCUAUCCGAUUUUGAAUUUACUGGAGAUUUCUGUGGCACGCCUUAACUUUCGCAAUAUUUUUUAACUAGACCUAUGCUUUUCUCUUACAACUUGUAGUCUUCUUUGUUCCCCUAAAAAUCGGAGCACCCCAGAAAGUCAAUUACAGAAUGUGUUCUGUAUUCCCAGAUGCAAUACCGGCUCGCCUUUGAGCCAUCUUCCUCACUUCCCAAUCGCACCAUGCAAACCAACACUCUUUUACUAGUCUGCCGCCGCCAGCUUUAACGUGCAAUACGAAUCAUCUCAUAGUUUGUUCUCGGUAUCUCUCUUUGUGUAUCUUUAAUGCUUAGGCGCUUAGCGUCUAAUUUCACGUGUUUUCUACAUUUCUGAAAUGUGUGCCAGGCGGCGCGUGAUUUUGGUUGGGUCGAUCGAUAGGAUUCUGUGGUGUCUGGUUGCCACUAAGCUGUGCUUAGUGAUUCAAUCGGUUCCAGGGACUACUCGACCCACCCACUCUUCUCGAUAGACACUUCAAAGAAGGGGAUUUUCUAGCCGUAACCAGCUAAAGCGCAUCAUCUUGUAUUUUUAUUGUGUUUCGACUAAGUUAUGAUUAUGCAUACGGAGCGACAUUCAUAGAAAGCAUCCUCAUCUUACAUAAACAUAUGCAGAUAUGCAUAGGCAUACGAUUAUAAUAUAUAUUUUAUAGUUUGUAAAUAACACGCAACAAUACCCUUGGAAAUCUAUCGAAAAUUAUUAUCACAAUUGUAUUAUUUUUGCAUUUUCCAAGGAGGAUCAUUGAAAACGAGCGAUUGGUCGGUCGCGUAGACUUUCACAUAUAUUGGCCAAGUGUAGUCCUUAACCCAGUUUACAGUGUCAAGUCCCGAAAGUGGGACUGUGAUGAUAUGAUUAUGAGAUAUAAAUUAUUAUAAAAGAAGCAGCAUAACAGCAGCCACAACUAACGAGAUAACGAAAAGGGAUUAAACAACAACAAAUUAUUAUAUUUAAUGUUAGUUGAACUACUAAAAGUAAUAAUUGAGAACACGGAUGGCAAACCGGAGAAAAGCGGAGCCGCAAAUCGGCAAUCGAGUAGUUUUUAGUUGGGCGCGUCGCCCAAUCAUUAUGAUUACAAUUACAAUUACGAUUAUGAUAUAUAAAUACUAAACCUAUAACAACAAGUUAUUACCCCACUAUUAAAGUUAACAGCAAACAACAACAACAACCCAUACAUAUAUAUAUAUACGACUAGGCACAACUCUAAAAUUAAUUAUAACCCUUAAACUGUGCUUAUGUUGAAAACAACAAACAUUAAGAACAUAAAAGCCGUAACGAAGUAAAAGAAAGUGAAACAAUUAACGAGAACGCCCCAAGCGCCACAAGCAACAACAUAUCUGCUUUAAAUUUUACAACAAAAAAAUAAAAAGGAAAAUCUAAAAAAAUAUCAACAUAUUAAACACGAGUCAUUGUUUAAUAAUUUAAUGAGGAAUCACAAACAGACACAUACUGACAGACACACAACCACACAUUAUGCUUCCUUUUAAAUGCAACAUUUUACACAUUUAAUUAUCAACAAUUAAAUGCCUAAACCCAAUUUAAAUUUAAUUUAACAAACUGUAACUGUACACGAAUAAACGGAAAAUGUAAAACUGUUUGUUUGACCAUUUAAA